CAUCACUUUCUGAUUCGGUGUUGUUUCAGAUUUACAUUUGCUUCCACAAAAAGACCUCUCUGUUUUUAUAUUUUAUUAUUUUCUUUUGUCUCAAUUUGUUGCCUUUUCUUGUUCUCCGAUCAACCUUUCCUUCUCCGGAGUAGACUUUUAUUUCUUCGGUUGGACCGGUCGAGUUUUUCGCAGAUCAGAAAUUCGUCGUCAUGAAUCCCGAAUAUGACUACCUAUUCAAGCUUUUGCUGAUUGGAGACUCUGGAGUUGGUAAAUCAUGCCUUCUCUUGAGAUUCGCCGAUGAUUCAUACCUGGACAGUUAUAUUAGUACAAUUGGAGUCGACUUCAAAAUACGCACUGUUGAGCAGGACGGAAAGACGAUAAAACUUCAAAUUUGGGACACUGCAGGGCAAGAACGUUUUCGGACAAUCACUAGUAGCUACUAUCGGGGAGCGCAUGGCAUCAUAAUAGUUUAUGAUGUUACGGACCAAGAAAGCUUCAACAAUGUCAAGCAGUGGCUAAAUGAGAUCGACCGUUAUGCUAGUGAUAACGUAAACAAGCUUUUAGUUGGCAACAAGAGUGAUCUUACAGCUAACAAAGUUGUGUCCUAUGAAACAGCUAAGGCAUUUGCGGAUGAAAUUGGCAUCCCAUUUAUGGAGACCAGUGCAAAAAAUGCCACUAAUGUUGAGCAGGCUUUCAUGGCGAUGGCAGCCGAAAUCAAGAAUAGGAUGGCAAGUCAACCGGUGAACAACGCGAAGCCACCAAUUGUGCAGAUUCGAGGACAACCUGUGAACCAGAAGUCUGGCUGCUGCUCGUCUUAAUUGGAUCUCAUAUCGGAUACCCCAAAGUCUGCCGUGUACUAUGUAUCUCGUUUGACCUCUCUGAACUGGAGAGGGAUUGAUCGAGAAUGAUAAAACCAUGUGAUAAUUUGCCUGUCAGUGUCAUUUUAUUUAAAAUUCCAUUCUUUGUAGUCUCAACUGGUCUGUACAAAUGAUGUUUGCUGGCUCAGCGACAUUUGUUACUUUCCUGGUUCCUUCUGUUUUUAUGUGACUUGCAAUAGUGAAUGUUUUCCGUGGAUUCCUACAGGAAAUUUGUCAAGUUCUAAAUAUUGUUUUGCAAAUAGCAGAAGUCAUCGAAUACAUUAUACUUGAAUUUAACAAUUCCUGUCAA